AUGAAAAUGACUGAUUUAAAUUUAUUAAAAUGGAGUAUGUACAACAAACCAAAGAAGCUAGAGAUCGAUCAGAUAACCGAUAAUUUAGCUGAACUUGAUGUAAAAAAUAAUCCAGAAGAUGAACCAUUAGAUGAAGAAACAUUAGCAAUGAUACAGAUGGGUCUUCCAACGUCAUUUACAUCGUCAUUAAUUCAUCGUUAUGUACCAUCUCAUCGAAAACAAUAUUCAUAUUCAUCUGAUGAUCAAAUAAACUCCGAAGAAUCAAAAUUACAACAAGAUGAACAGUCGAUUGAUGACAAAAAUGACCUCAAAAAAUGGCUUUCAUAUUGGGAUGCUGAAGGUUACAAAAUCGCAUCAGAUUCGUGGAUGUAUCAAAAUGAUAACAGUACCACGAAUGAUACAUCAACAUCAUCGGACAGCGGUAUAAAUGAUGAACAACAUUUAACUGAUUUAUGGCGUGAACAUUAUUUAACAACCUAUGAUAAUAAAUUGAAGGAAUAUUGUACCAGAGAAAAUAUUGAUUAUGAAACAUUUUAUCAGCUUAUUUCGGAUAGUUAUUAUGGUGGUGCGGGUGAUUUAGAAGAAGCAAUGAGUUUUGACGAAGAAGAAACAUUAACAAUUAAUACAAAAGUCGAAAGGAGAAAUGAUGCCGGUGCAGAUGUUGAAUCAUGUAAAAAGCAAAAACUGAGUAAAGUUAGUGAUAAAGAUGAAAGACGACAAACAAGGGAAACAUUUAAACGACUUGGCUUGUAUGUGGCUGAUACGAAUAGUACAAACAAUAUUAUUGCUUCAAAUGUACAUUUGCUAUCGAAUUACAAACAAUUAUCCAAUGGUCUAAUAUUGAAAAAAGCUAUACGUAUUCAUACACAAUGGUUAAAUGAUAAUGAUAGUUUAAAAAUGGUGGAUAGUGUCGAACUAUCUAUUGAUGACGAUCAGGAAAAGAAAAAAGAUGAUGUGUUUGUACGCGAUAUUAUUCAUGAUAAUCUUUCACUAACAAAUGGUGAUAAACAACGUAAAAAAAAACAGAAAGCAAAAUCAUUGAUUGUCGAUAAAAACUCUGUACCAGAUGAAUUUCAAAAUGAUCGAGAAUUACUUAAGUAUUGGUUACAACGAUAUCGUCUAUUUUCAAAAUUUGAUGAAGGAGUUGUACUUGAUAGAGAGGGUUGGUUUUCAGUUACACCGGAAAAAAUUGCUCGACAUAUUGCUAAACGUUGUCAAUGUGAUGUAAUUAUCGAUGCAUUUUGUGGUGUCGGAGGAAAUGCCAUACAAUUUGCAUUCACGUGUAAAAAGGUUAUUGCCAUUGAUAUUGAUCCAAAAAAAAUUGAAUGUGCACGACAAAAUGCGCGUAUUUACGGUGUUGAAGAUCGUAUAGAAUUUGUUCAAGGUGAUUUUAUAAAAUUAGCAUCGACAUUGAAAGCCGACAUUGUUUUUCUGUCUCCUCCUUGGGGCGGUCCAUCGUACGAUCUAAUUGAAUUAUUUGAUUUGGAAAAAAAUAUCGAGUUGAAUGGUUUUCAUGUGUUUCAAACUGCACAAAACAUAUCGAAAAAUAUUGCCUAUUUUCUACCGAGAAAUAUUAAUAUUGCACAGGUUAUAUCAUUAGCUUGUGACGGUAGUUCUAUGGAAUUCGAACAACAUUUUCUAAAUAAUCGACUUAAAACGGUAACAGCUUAUUUUGGUGAAUUAGCAAAACACUGCGAAUGA